UAUUUACAUAAAGUUUUACUGGCUCAUUUUCAAUACGAGAGGGUUGUGAGUUUUGAGAUUUUUAAUUGAAUCUAAUCCUAGUCUUUUCAGAAUUUAGGGUUCCAAGAAUGUCUGUCGUCUCGUUGCAGCAAGAAGCCUCUAGCCCCCUGAGUCUUACGGGACUCGUUGAUGCUUUACCACCAUACCCAGAUCAGCUGGAAGGGCAAAGAUUCUACCGCAAGGCUCCCGAACCUCAACAAACUUUCUCUCCCGCUCCCUCUUGGCCACCUCGCGAUGCAACUGGCUACUUGUUCCCUCCUCAAGGUUACUUGGCCACUAAACAGUUUUCUUACCAGCCGCCCGAACCUCAACAAACUUUCUCUCCCGCUCCCUCUUGGCCACCUCGCGAUGCAACUGACUACUUGUUCCCUCCUCAAGAUUACUUGGCCAUUAAACAGUUUUCUUACCAGCCGCCCGAACCUCAACAAACUUUCUCUCCCGCUCCCUCUUGGCCACCUCGCGAUGCAACUGACUACUUGUUCCCUCCUCAAGAUUACUUGGCCAUUAAACAGUCUUCUUACCAGCCGCCCGAACCUCAACCUUACAACCCAACUUCUCCCAGCCGUUAUGACUAUUAUGGACCACCUGACGCUGAUGUUACUGACUAUUAUGCACCACCUGACCUACCACCUUACAAUGAUGAUGUUGUUGUCUAUGAACCCCCUCUCCCCUCCAACCUUGUACCUAUGGAUUGUGGAUAUGAAGGGACUUUUGGUAAAGUUGGACUUCAUUGCUACAAUCUGCUAAAUGGGACAAACUUUAAAUAUGUCUGGCUAGACGAGAACCAUCUUACCGGAUUAAUUUAUAAGGUUAUAAAAUUCUAUGCAACCGAUCCAACUCGCACUUGCGAUUUCUUAACUAGGGUGGUUCAGUCUGAGACUGAGAAUCAAGGCUGCUUGAGUUUCAUUACAAUGAAAUGCACAUUAUUGCCAGAGGAGAAUCACUACCCAAGUCGCUUUGACCAACUCGCCGUGGAUAAAUUCUUCAAAGGUGAUAUGCCCAACUCGAUGCCUGAGAAUAUCAGUGAUAACCUGCAAUACUACGAGCUCUCAGAGUCGGAGGUGGAAGAAUACAAGGAUUGGCUUCAUCUGUACGUGGAUCUCGCUUUGCGCACCAAGUUGCGUUGUUUCCAUGGCUCACCAGUUUGGGGAGAGCCAUUUGAGCUGAGAAAGAUAAUUGUGCAAACCAGAGCAGAUGUGGAGUCUAAGAAGAAAGCCAAGGCGGAGAAUGCAAUCUUCUACAUGAACUUCAAAGGCCGUGGCAAUCAAGACUGCAAUGCUAUCAUAAGGAGAACAACGGAUGGACUGCCACAGCAUAUGUCGCUUGAAGUCAAGUGUUUGAUGUGAAAGCCCACCAUUAUGCUACUACGUAUUUUAAGU